GUUGCAGAGUAGAGGCGAUAUGUGUCCACAGGAAAUAGACAUAAACAAAGCGGAAGUAGUGAAAGAUAACCUCGCUCAUUUUUCUAGCUGUGCCGAGGCAAUUUGAGAAUCAAACGGCAUCAAACUCACUUACUGUCGUCGCAACGACGCCGAAACAUGGACAGAUAGUGUUGGUUUUUUUGGAUAUACGGAGGUAGUCCCUGUGAACGAUAAUCUAGUCACAUCUGUGCCAAUCUUGGACUGUCACUCAGGACUCUGACACAUACCGGCACAGACAGUAUUGCCUCUUGUGAAACUCCAGAGUCCUUCCACUCUUCCUGUGGCCACCAGCAUGGCUAACAGCACCGCAACAGCCGUGAAGGUUGGGACCCCUGGCCCUGCUGGCAGAAGUAGUCCAGAGGGAUCUCAGGUGCUCAGUAAGAAGAAGCUGCAGGAUCUGGUGAGAGAGAUUGAUCCAAAUGAGCAGCUGGAUGAGGAUGUUGAGGAGAUGCUCCUACAAAUUGCAGAUGACUUCAUAGAGAGCGUAGUGACAGCGGCCUGUCAACUGGCUCGCCAUCGUAAGUCCAACACCUUGGAGGUGAAGGAUGUUCAAUUACAUCUUGAGCGCCAGUGGAACAUGUGGAUUCCUGGUUAUGGCUCAGAUGAGAUCCGGCCGUUCAAGAAGGCUUGCACCACAGAGGCUCACAAACAGAGAAUGGCGCUGAUCCGCAAGACAACCAAAAAGUAGCAAGACUGUACACUCAUCUUGUUUUUUCUUUUUCAGUUGGGAUUGUUUUGACUAAUAAGGAAGAAAGAGAUGGUUUGGGUGGGAUUUUUUCUUCUUUCCCAUUCAACAUUAGAUAGUGUUUCAUUAUGUCUCACUAAUGUUUGAGUGUUUUGCCAGCACCAUCACACAAUGUAAUUCUUGUUUCAUGAUUUUGUUUUGUUGCCAUUAAGCUAAGCCUGGCAGAACUCUAUUCAUUGCAUUUUUGUCAAUAAACAUUUACUGGAA